GGGCAGCAGAAGAUAAGAGGACCAGAAGUAGGUUUUGUAGGUAAACAGCCAAAACAAGGAUGGGGCUGAACUGGGAUUACCAUCAUUGUCAAUUCUAGAGAGGAAUAUGUGGCAGUACUUGUGAGCAUUUAGAAAAUACAAGAUGAAGGUAGGAGCAGGAGGAGCCAAGAGCAGCAAAGAAGCCCAGCAAGGAAUCAACAAGGCGCAAGGAUGAGCAAAAAGACCAAAUGCCCAGAGCAAAUGGGGUCAACCUCUAGAAACCAGAUCUACCUAGUCACUGGCGGCUGUGGUUUUCUGGGGAAACAUCUGGUCCAGAUGCUGCUGGAGCAGGAGCCGGACCUGGCAGAAGUGCGUGUCUUUGACUUGCAUCUGGAUGAGAGCAUGCGGCACUUGAACAGAGUGACUCUGAUCCAGGGGGACAUCACCAACCCUGAAGAUGUGAGGACCGCUGUACAAGGUGCCAACGUGGUCAUCCACACAGCCAGCUUGGUGGACGUUUGGGGCAGAUUCAGCCCUGAGAAAAUCAAUGCUGUCAACGUUUGUGGAACCCAAAACGUAAUUGAAGCGUGCGUAUCGGAAGGGACCCAGUAUCUGGUUUACACCAGCAGCAUGGAAGUGGUGGGACCCAACACUAAAGGAGAUCACUUCUACAGAGGAAAUGAAAAUACUCCUUACAAAUCCAUUCACGAAUUGCCAUAUCCAGUUAGCAAAACGAAAGCUGAGAAGCUGGUGCUUGAAGCCAAUGGACGACCGAUGAAAGGUGGGAAACACUUGGUCACAUGUGCCCUUCGCCCAACUGGCAUCUAUGGAGAGAACCAUCCACUGAUAAAAGAGUUUUACAAGCAAGGGCUGCUCACAGGAAGAUGGAUGUUUCGGGCCAUCCCAGCCUCUGUUGAGCAUGGCAGGGUUUAUGUGGGCAAUGUGGCUUGGAUGCAUCUCUUGGCAGCCCGGAAGAUACAGGAGUCCCCCGUGUCUAUGGGGGGCCAGGUGUAUUAUUGCUAUGAUUCUUCCCCUUACAAGAGCUAUGAGGACUUCAACAUGGAGAUUCUGAGGCCCUGUGGCUUCCGCCUCCUGGGCUCCCGGCCCCUGAUACCUUACUUCCUCCUCCAUCUCAUUGCUUUUCUCAACGUCUUCUUGCAAUGGGUGCUGAAACCUUUCUUCACAUAUGCCCCCAUCCUCAAUCCCUACACCUUGGUCAUCGCCAGCACCACCUUCACUGUGGCAACUGACAAGGCCCAGCGACACUUUGGCUACAAGCCCCAAUACACCUGGGAGGAGAGCCUGAGCCGCACUGUCAAGUGGCUUCAAGAGGUGGACACUCAGACGCAGGCUGGGAAAUAGACCGCCGAGGGAUGGAAAGGCGGAGCAAAGAGAUGUCCCAAAGGAAAAUCAACUCCAAUGUCAUCUACCCAAGGAACAUCUUUGCAAAACUGAGACUUUGUCUCAUCUAGAGCAUUGAAUCUGGGUGGACUCUGGCUCAUGCUAUUAUAUAUUAUCUAACAGUGCCUUUGCAUUUUGCCUUCAUCUAGCACAUAAAACUGACUUAGCACUGCACAGAAGUCAAAGAUGAAAUCUUUACCAAUAGACAGGUAGUUCAUCAAGAAGAAAAGAAGAGGAAGCAGAAAUAGAUUCAUGAACUUUGAGAUACCAUUCAUGACUUUUCCAGAUGCAAAUUCCACAACCAGUCAACUAUGUCCUGGAUCAUGCCUAAGUAUAUAGGACAGUGAUGCAUAUUUCAAGUUUGGUAUCUCUUGGGAGAGCUUUUUUCUGGAAAAGUUCCCAUCCAUUUCUGACAUAACUUCCGGAUCCAGAUUUUGCUUUUGGCAUCACCACAUAUUCCACACAUCUCUCUUUAGUGGGAGCCACUUUCUCCCACAGAUUUCUUCUGUCAUGCUCUUCUUAUAUUCUGUCACCUUGGUAAUCUUGAUUUUGCUGGCAAUGAUUGUGCUGUCGCAGCAUGGGCUGGCAAUCCAUUCCCACCAUACCACAAUCCAAUUCCAAUUUUUCAUUCUACCUCAGUCACCACUACUGUACAUUACUGAUUCCAGUGCAAUAAGGACUCCAGUCCACAUUUUGAUUUAAUUUAGCCAAUGCUUAAUCAUUGGAACGGACAAGAUAAAAUUUCCUUAGUAUUACAAAACAUGACAAUGCAACAUGCUCAUGAUGCCAUGAUGUAAUUUUUUAUAUGUGUGUGUGUGUGUGUUUGUGUGUGUAGGGCUUGUGCAAUGGGAAAGUGACUGGAGAAUUUGUCUUCAGUAUGGGAAAGGUAGUCACAUUUGCUUAACACAAAUAAGGCUGCUAGAAUUUCUGGGUGAAUCCUAAAAACUAAAGGAUGAAUUCUGAAGGGACUGAGAGCAGUUUUUGACAUUUGCCUGUUUGCUUAUAUGUGGAAUCUAAUAAAGAUGGGACACAGCUAAAA